AUGUUCCGCGGGUCAGGGCAAGCCUCUACUGUCCUUGGCGGUGCAUCCUACACUCGGAAUGAAGUGGUGUAUGAACCGUUGCCGAAGAAUGAUAAGCACCGCCUCCGUCGCCGUGAGGUGGAGCGAUUCCGGCGUGCGCCUCUUCCACCUCUGCGACCGCGUUGGAAUGCAUCAGUAGCUGAUGAGGCCCAUCCCUUUCCUCAGCGUCCUUUGAUGCACACAUUGGAGUAUUACAAAACUGAUGAGCAGAUGAUGUGUGAGGCCGGUUUCUUGGACAGCAUCGUGGAAAAACCACGGAGCACGGUGGUAGCCAAGUGGCAUCCUGAAACAACAAAAGUCGCUUCUCACGCUUCGACCGCCGCGCGGAGCUGCACGCCGCUUUCAAACAGAAGUUUUCUCGAACGUGUUUUCCAACAAGAGUCAGUGGAGCAAAAAGUUCCGCAGUGGGAGUGGGUUCCCUCAACACUUACAGGCACGAUUCCUAGGCACACAUUUAGAGGGAUCGCGUCAAAGUUUGCUGGGACACCUGUAAGUUUUCCAACUGUUCAUGGAAAUGAGUAUGUGAACCCUCCUAGGCGCGUGCAGAUGUUGAAUGAAUUAAUUAGGGAGAAGAAACGGAGCAAACGCGCGCCAUCUAAGAUCUCUGCACUACCACAUGUAGGAGGCUUCAAAGUACCACAUACCUUCAAGAUGAGCAACAUCGACGAGUGGUGGCCGCUCGACCCCACGAUCCCGCUGCGUGCUCCUAAAGAACCUGAACUGAAUGCGACUGUCACUUCCCGCGAAAUGUCGGCGAGUGGAUCGCGGUGA